AUGAGUUCUACGUGUCUCAACGAGUUUAGCGAAAACGAAGACGUUAUCCGUGCAGAACCAUCACUGCCGCAUCAACUGCUUGCGCAAUCGGGUCUCCGGGCCGGUGCGUCGCCGGAAAAGCGGACGGACGGCGACCAGGGCUGUCCCAAUCCAUGUGGCCGGGACGACGGUCCGGUGGACUGCAAGACGAUGAGCGUGCGACGGCGGCUGGCCGAGGAUCUCGGCUGCUGCGGCUGCACCAAUAAGCCCGAGACGCCCUGCUUGGUCACCGAGGACACGAGCACGUGUUGUCAGCAGCGUCGUCCCGAACCGAACGCCAAUGCCGCGUGCGUCGAUCCGGUCGAACAGAUCAUCAACGAAGGACUGCAGCAACAGCAUAAGAAGCGCCACAGCCGGCGGCGAUCGUCCUGCAGCAGUCGGCCGGCAAGACCGAAUGGUCAGGAAUGCCGCUCACGGCCGCCGGCGACCGAUCGCCGAAGCAGCUACCAACCCGAUUAUUUCGACGACCAGGCGGACAUGGACAACUGGCGAGAGCACCGGGACCAAAGCCGGCAACAUCCGUCGUCACAGUCACCGAGGCGCAGAAGCUUAGCAUUCGAACCUUUCGUAGAUAGCGAACCGUAUUCCCCGGCCAGGCCGUCUACUCCGGGCGCCGCACCGACACGACCGCCGCCGCCGCAGAACGAAAACCAAGACGUGCGGCAAGAGAUGCUACUGGAACUGCAAAGGCUGGACGAGCAGCGGGCGCACCUGUUGGAGUGCAUGGAAAGGGAGCGGAAAAUCGUCGAGAUGGUGCUCGAAUACAAGCGACAGAAACGGGCCUGUCCCGCGGCGGCGGAGGCCGUGGACCCGCGCGACGACCGGGAACGGAUUCAGCGGAGGAUCAACGAAGCGAAACGGAAAACGGCCGAGGUCCAACGACGCUUGCAACAGUCGGGCGCGCAUCAAUGCGGCACGGACGAGGUCCCGGCGUGCUCGCCUGCGGUGGCCAGAUGCCCGACGCCGUCGUCGUCUGCAGCCAGAUGUCCGACGCCGUCGCCGUCGCCCCGCAACCCGACACCGACCUGCAGCGCCGCCGCCGGGCCGGAGACUUCGACGUCCUGCCAGCGGCGCAGAUUGCGUUACCAGCCGCCGUCGCCCGACACCGACACCGAAGACGAAUCUUGUGCGCCACCGCCGCCGAGACGACGGUUGCUCAAGUAUCGUCCGCCAUCGCCCGACAGCAGCAGCGAAGACGCUGAGGGCAACGAAUGCGGCCGCCGACCGUCCGCGGCCAACGCAGACGACCGGCAGUCGUCGCUGCAAGACUCGUUCACGUACUACAACCGAUCGGUUCGUAACGGCGUGCCCCCCGUGACCGCGGACGUGCCACAGCAGACCAGCAGUCCGUGGACGAGCCGGUAA